AUGGGCAAGAAGAAGUCCCGCGAACCAAUACCCACGGUGGCAACACCACCACCACCACCACUGACACCAGCGCAGAACGAAGCCUUAUCUACAUUGGUGAUAGUAACUGCUAUUCUGAAAAACUUGGAUGAUUCACAUCUUCUGUCCUCAAUGCAAAGAGUUUGUAGAUUGUGGAAAGAGGUAGCCACCGACCUUGUCCAACCACACUUCUCCUUGCACGAGGCAGAACGUGUCGCAGACAAAGAGCCUCAUUCCAUUUCUCCCAAUACUCUCCUCGCACAGCACUUCCACGCCUUGUUAUCGAAUAUCACGGAGCCACGACGCAUAUCAAUGGAAACUGUCUUCUACCGCGGCGGAUACGUUGAUAGAUCCGCCCUAGGGAUGUCAAUCGCCAACACAUCAUGCGGAAAGAUACAGCACAAGGCGUUCAUCCGUCAAGGUGCUUCUUGGAGAAACAUGCUCGUUUCAUCACCGCCUAUAUUCGAAGUAGAGUUCGUGGCAGAUAGGACUGCUCAUAGUCCGCCCCGGGACGAGAUCGUCUGUAUUCCAGAGGGUCUGCGCAUGGGGCAGUUGUACGACUUGGUCGUGGCGAUUAUUACGCGGGCGGAUAAGAAUGGUAUAUAUGACGCGGUUGUAGAGUGGCCGAGUUUAGAGCCGGACGGGAAGCAAGAUGGCGUAACAGGAGGCGAUGGAGAUGGGCAGUUGCCUCCGUUGGUUGUGAGAAAGGUAUUUGAAGCGUUUCCGCCGAGUUAUACGAAGUGGGAUGAGAAGACUAAGAGGGCGAGAACGAGACAUGUUGCUUCGACAAAGUGGAUGUUGUUGUGUGAAGAGUUUGAUAAGGAUAAGCUGAUUGUAAAUCCGUGGUAG